UUAUCUUGGAUGACAAAGAAAUCUGAGAUGAUGAAGAUGGACGAGAUCAUUGCAAAAGAGGAAAGAAAACUGGAGCAACUUGCAAAUGCCAUUGAGAGAGACAACCAGAAGUUUGAAGAGUUUCUCAAAGAUCACGAGAAGAAGGCUGUGGAAUCCAGAACUCUUUUUGAACGAGAGGACAAGUCAAAGCAAGAAAAGAACAUUGAAAUUGAGAAGCUAGUUGCUGAAACAAGGGCCGUAAAAAGUGAAAUUUCCAAGUUUGAAGAACUCCUGACUGACUACAAGAUAUACAAGGAAUUCCUGUUCAAGAUUUCUCCUUCAGUGUGGCAACAUAAACAAGUGAACAAGACUUUAAAGGCUGAAGUUGUGUCAGAGGAAGAUGGACAGGAUGACCAUAAUAAGAAACCUCAGGAAAUGGCUACUGGAAACUGUUUGGAGAGCAAGCUGUCCAAUUCAGAAAAAGAACUGUCCUCUAUCAAAGACAUCAGGGCUUCAGCUCAAAGUGACACUCU